GCUGGCUGUGAGUCACGGCACCGGGAGGGCAGUGGCAGCUCCACGCACCCCAGCACCCAGCCUGCUGUGGGAAGGGGCCCUUCCCCUCGCCAUGGCUUCCCUGGGGCAGAUCAUCUUCUGGAGCAUUAUUAGCAUCAUCAUUAUUCUGGCUGCAGCAAUUGCACUCAUCAUCGGUUUCGGUAUUUCAGGGAGAUACUUUAUCACAGUCACUACUCUCACCUCAGCUGGGAACAUCGGAGAGGAUGGAAUCCUGAGCUGCACUUUUGAACCUGACAUCAAACUUUCUGAUAUUGUGAUACAGUGGCUGAAGGAAGGUGUUAUGGGCUUGGUCCAUGAGUUCAAAGAAGGCAAAGAUGACCUGUCAGACCAGGACGAAAUGUUCAGAGGCCGGACAGCAGUGUUUGCUGAUCAAGUAAUAGUUGGCAAUGCCUCUCUGAGGCUAAAAAACGUGCAACUCGCAGAUGCUGGCACCUACAAAUGUUACAUCAUCACUUCUAAAGGCAAGGGGAAUGCUAACCUUGAGUACAAAACCGGAGCCUUCAGCAUCCCAGAGGUGAAUGUGAAUUAUAAUGCCAGCUCAGAGAGCUUACGAUGUGAGGCUCCCCGAUGGUUCCCCCAGCCUACAGUGGUCUGGGCAUCCCAAGUUGACCAGGGAGCCAACUUCUCAGAAGUCUCCAACACCAGCUUUGAGCUGAACUCUGAGAAUGUGACCAUGAAGGUUGUGUCUGUACUCUACAAUGUCACGAUCAACAACACAUACUCCUGUAUGAUUGAGAACAACAUUGCCAAAGCCACAGGGGAUAUCAAAGUGACAGACUCUGAGAUUAAAAGGCGGAGUCACCUACAGCUGCUGAACUCAAAGGCUUCCCUGUGUGUCUCCUCUUUCUUUGCCAUCACCUGGAUAUUCCUGCCUCUCUCCCUUUACCUGAUGCCAAAAUAAUAUGCCUUGGCCACACAGAAACAUGCAAAGUCAUUGGUAUGACAGAUGAUGUUCAUCCUUGAACAGUCCAGGAAAGGACCUCUCAUCUUGAUUGUUUGUGGCAUUAUGUCCUCACAAGGUUUGAGGCUUCUAUUUUCUAUCCUGCAUGGACAAUGAUGACCUCAGCUUUCAACAGCAUCUAGAACAGAGGGACUCAACCGGGGUGAUUUUGCACCACCCCAGGGGACAUCUGGAAAUGUGUGGAGACGAUUUUAGUUGUCGUAACUUGAGGGGGGUGG